AUGGGAUAUAAGAUAUAUUCUAACUCUGACUUAGUUCAAACAGUAACAUGGGCAAACUAUGAAUGGUUCGCUUUGAGAAACUCAGUACAACCACAAGCUAGAGAACAAACAGACCAGUAUGCAACUAUUGAGAAAAUAAGAAGACUUGACCCUAACGUUCCAGGAGUUUAUGUUAACCUUUCUGGUUCAGAUGGAACUGCUGCCACUAAAGUAAAACUGAAACUUAGAGUUCCUUUGUCAUCUUUCCUCAUCUUCAGGUUUUUAAGAUACUUGCCAAACUGGGCAGGAAAAAUUUCUAUUGAACUUACUCCAAGCAAAAAUAACUUAGUCAUUGCACCAACACAAGACCCAUUCACUCUUACAGACGUAAAGGGAACAAAUAAAACGUCAUUCGCCGAAUUUUGCAAAGACAAAGUUGACUUAGACUUUGGUUUCUCAAACCUCAACACUGAAGUAAACUAUUAUUUCAAUGCUGCUGGAGAUGCUUGGGACCCAGUUAAGUUCACAUGCGAAAAAUUUGAAUGCAAGAGAAUAGAAAGCAGACUUGCAGUCUAUAUGUUGGACCCAGAUAUUUCAAAUGCUUUAGCUGCCAAAUAUAUUGCAGUUCCACUUAUGUUCCCUAUACACCAAAUAUCUGUCAAAGACUUUGCAGGUGAAGUUGGAAACCAAAGUGCUGACCCAGGUGCAAGAACAGAUAUUGCCUUAACAACUGCAAUGAAACAUGCAGAUACUAU